AUGGUUGCACUCAAGGCUUCAGCCGUGCUCAGCAGGGAGCACCAACCGCUUCAAACAGCAUCUCCCUCGCCCUCCAGCCACGGAGACACCUGCCCUCCCAGUGGCUCCGCCGCCUCGCAGCAGGGGCGACCGAGCACAGCAGCACCUACUGCUGCAGGAAAGCAGCGAACGGGUUAUCCGGGCGAAAGGCUCUGGCUUCCCACACCCUCGACCUCCAGCGCACUCUGUCCUGCAGGUGUCACGAGGCGCCCCCCGGGCCGGCCCACUCUCCCCACGUCAACCGCCACCCACCCGCAGUGUCCGCGAGCUUGCCCCUCAGGCCACCCGGACCCCGCGGACCCGCUCAGCCGGCGAGAACUCGGCCGCCCCGAGAACGAGGGACGGCAGAGCCGGGGCGAAGCAGGGGGCUCUCCAGCCCAAGAGCUCCAGGACGCGGGGUCUGGCGUCCCUCCCCGCCCGCGGCACUCCUGCGGGAUGCGGGGAACCCCCGCGGACGGCGUCCCCACUCCCGCCCGGUCUCCCGCACACGCCCCGCCGCCCCACGAACCAGAAAGAGAAGCGGAAACGCCUCCGGGAACGGUCACCGCCGCCCUCAUCCUGCCGCCGCCUCCACGAGCGUCGCCGCCCGGCAGUCACCGCGGGCAUCUCGCAGGCGCCCCCGGACGCGGCGCUUCGGGUCACGGCCCCCGCCCGCGCGGUUCCCAAAGCUCCUGCGGGUCCAGCCCGGCCCUGCCCGCGCCCCCGCCGCGGCCCGGUCGCCGCCAGCACCGCGUCCGGCCCAGCGGCCCCGCCCCGCCGGCCCUCGCCUCACCUGGGCCUCGACGAGGCGCGGGAGGAAGCUCAGGGUGA